CUUUUAAGUUGUGAACAACGGUAACAUUCCAAGUUCAGUGUUGAUAAAUUUAUAAGAAAAAAAAAAAAAGAUUUGUGUAGACUUUUUUUUAAGUGUGAAAAUGGUUCAAAAAAUGUCCGGUUUGGAGUAUAAAACAAAUUUCUCAAUCGAUGCAAUUCUAUCGAAUAACGUUAAGAAGGAAUGCCAUCAGGAAGUGAGUGAUGUGAAGAAAGAAAACGUGCUUGCGGCGAGUUUUUGCGACGGCGAAUUAACUUCAUCAUCUGAGGAUUUUGAACAUCCAUCGAGGACCAGCACACCUAUGAGCAGUGUCGCCGAGUCACUAUCAUCGGGAGAAGAUAAGAUCGAUGGGGAAAGUUGUGACGGCGAUGGGGAUGCCGAUAGCGGCGAUGAUAAGAAAGAUGGCGAUGAAAAGAAGCCUCCAUACAGUUAUAACGCUUUGAUCAUGAUGGCCAUUCAAGAUAGCCCCGAACAGCGACUGACUUUGAACGGGAUCUAUCAGUAUCUCAUGAACCGAUUCCCAUACUUUAAGAUGAAUAAGCGCGGAUGGCAGAACUCAAUCCGCCACAAUCUGAGUCUCAACAAAUGCUUUACCAAAAUUCCCCGCAGCUACGACGACCCCGGCAAGGGCAACUACUGGAUCUUGGACCCCAGCGCCGAAGAAGUGUUCAUCGGAGAAACUACCGGCAAGUUGCGUCGCAAGAAUCCUGGUGCAAACAGAUCUAGAUUGGCAGCCUACCGCCAAGCAGUCUUCUCUCCAAUUCUCGGUGGUUAUGGAGGUGCUCCACAAUUCAGUGCAUCUCCCUACAGCAACUAUGUGGGAGCAGCAGCAGCUGCUGCCCUCUAUCAUCGCCUAGCCCCACCAUCUUACCAUGCUGGUUUUCCAGGACAAAAUCCCUAUCAAACAAACCCAUAUGCCAUGUCAAUGCAGCAAGCCACAAUGAAUCCCGCAGAAAUGCUCCAGCGAAUGCAAUUCUUCAACAAAUAUGGAACCAGUUAAGCUAUCCCGUGUAUCCUCCUGGGAAGCCAUUUUGAAUGGCCUCGCAUAUAAAACCGAGGCCAUAUUGAUGUGAUCAGUGAUCAGCCUUGUUGUGACAAAGUCGUGUAACUCAUCCACCAAGUGGGAAACCUAUACAAAACAAACGGGUCCAGAUUCCAAAUGACCGCGAGAGAGAUAUCAAACAUGAAUAAAAAGGGGGGCGUUCCAGUCCUAGUCCAGUGUUCACUCUGCAGGCGAGCCAGCGAUGGGAACUCGAAGAGCAACAACAACAAAAAAACCAAAACAAAAAUGUUACAAAACUUAUCUUUUGUUUAUUAAUAAAAAAAUUUAUAUUCAAAUGAACAUUA